AUGUCGAUAGCUCCUAUCAUCACCUUCAAAGCAGGUAUCUGCGACCUCGAUACCUCCACCGGCGCUGUGAAGCCCAAGCCUACCCCGGGCUACCUCUACCUCUACACCGAAGAUGAUCUCGUGCACUUCUGCUGGCGCCCACGCAGCGCCUCCCUUGACGAACCCGAACUUGAUCUGGUCAUGAUUCCUUCAGAUGGCAGCUUCACGCCUUACAAGCCGUCCGGCAAGGACGCCACAAAUGGCCGUAUCUUUGUGUUGAAGUUCUCUUCCAGCUCCCAGCGAUACUUGUUUUGGAUGCAGUCCCAAUCUCAACAUGAGAACGGUGACCUGAGCUGGUUCAGUCCUCGUGACCUGAAACUUGGAGAGAUUGUCGAUGUCCUGUUGCAGGGCGAGGAAGUCGAUGUAGAGCACGAGAUCGCCAACCUGCCUCGCCGAUCCUCGGGUGACGAUGACGAGACCAUGGAGGACGUGGAUGGACAUGAGCCAAACCACCACGGUGCCGGCAGCGGUGGAGCUGGACCCGAUGCCACAGGAGGUGACGUCCGUGAAGAGGGACAGGAAUCGCGGGAGGGCGGUGCCGACGGUGGACGAGCAGCACCCACGGAUUCCAACCCAUCAUCGGUAGUCCAGGACUUUUUGAAGUCCCUGGGCGGCCAGAACCAGAGCCAAUCCCAAGACACUGAACGACCAUCUACGACACUCCAAGACCUGCUUCCUCCCUCGACUACACUGCAAUUCAUCGAUUCUGCUGAUACCACCACUGCCGAUCAUCUACUGAGCUUCCUACCGCCCGCGCUGCUACUGCUGGCCCAGGGCAAUGCCGAGGCUUCUGAAGCUGACACGGACCCCGAACUUGCCCAAGCUGCUCUUCUGUCUCUCGAACUCCCCCAGAAAAAGGAUAUUCUCCGCAAAGUGCUUCGUUCCCCCCAAUUCAUGCAGAGCUUGGCCAGUCUUACCGUGGCUCUCCGCGAUGGUGGACUGCCCAGUAUCAGCGAGGCCUUGCAGAUCCCCGUCACCAAUGGAGGAUUUAUGCGGAGAGGCGGAGUACCCCUUGGUGGUGGCGAUGCGGUAGACGCGUUCCUGGAUGGCGUCCGGCAACAUGUUAAAGAUAAGGAUUCUCAGAUGGACACCGACUGA